AUGGCGCCCUCUCUUCGCGCGCUCCUGACUCGCCUCACAGCCAUCUUGCCAACAUCCCAAACGCCUUUCACCAGCAGCGCCUCCAGCUCUCCAUCCCUCAGCGGCGCCAAUGGCAACAACAUCGCAGUAACCCCCUACGAGCCUCUCUCUGGCGCCCCUUCGUGCCCCAUCAAUGGCCCGACGAGCUGCCGCGACUCCAGCCCUGUCGAGGGCUCCUGCUGCUUCGUCUACCCUUCCGGCCGCAUUCUCCUCACCCAGUUCUGGGAUGAUACGGUGCACGCUGGCGGGGCAGAGGAGGAUUGGACUGUUCAUGGGCUAUGGCCCGACCUUUGCGACGGGAGCUACAAGUCGUACUGCGGCAUGACGCCGCACUUCAACAACAUCUCCGACAUUCUCAAGCAAUACGGUCAGAGCGACCUCCUGGCCUCGAUGGAGAGAUACUGGGUCGCCGCAUACGGCACAAACAACCACCUCUGGGCCCACGAGUACAACAAACACGCAAGCUGCAUAAACACCCUGUCGACGUCCUGCUACGCCGAUGCCUACGCGGCGGGCAUCGAGGUCGUUGACUACUUCACCCGCGCCUUUUCCCUCUUCCGUCAGCUCGAUACCUUCACCGCCCUCGAGCGCGCCGGCAUCACGCCCUCGCACUCGAAGCGCUACCCGCUCGCUGACGUCACGAAGGCGCUCGAGGACCUGAGCGGUGGCCGUGUCGUGCUGCGGUGCCAGGGGAGGGGCCAUGAUGUGCUCCACGAGGCAUGGUACAGCUACUUUCUCCAGGGGAGCUUGCAGACGGGGCAGUUUGUUCCUGCCGCCGGCCUCGGAAAGCACGGGGACGCGAACAACUGCGCUUCGGAGGUGAGGUAUCCGCCCAAGAAGUGCAAGGGCAACUGCCCCAACUCGCAGGAGCUCUGA